CACAGAAAAGUGGUUUCGCUUCCAGUACCAAUCACGCAACUCAUGUUCCCAGCCCCACUUUACAGCACCGUGAUAUCUCUACCACACCAAGACCUACCCCCAUCGGAGGAUCUUUCACCGCCGUCCUCCUCCAUGAAUCCUUCUCCACAAUAAAACACACGCAUACAAGAAGAGUAACAUUUGCCCAUGUGAUCCUAUCUCACCUACCACACUCCACUCACCAACCACACCAGAUCCUAUUAUCUUAGUCCCUUCACAUGGCGGCUAAAAAUGCAUUGCAGAUUUGGGUUCCAACUACUCAAUUCUUGGACGUUUCUAUCCAUUUUUCUCUUUUCUUUUUUGGAGACCAUCUGUUAAAACCCUGUAGCUAAGUACUUUCCAAUUCAAUCCCGUAGACCCGCCUUCCCCAUUUUUUUCGUUUAUUUCUACGUAAAUAUUUCUCCCGUUCUUAACACUAUCAAAGAACAAUUGCUCAGCUGACCACGCGAGGGGAAAAAAAAAAAAACGAAUUCCUGUUUGUUGAAUGUUUAAAAUGCACCCACCUAUUAUUUACACAUGACUCAACUCAACACACUAAUAGAUUUUUCUCCUUUUUUAAUUUAUGUUUCUGCUUACUAUUCUGAUUAAAGUUGGCAACUUGACAUUAUUGGUAUUUUGCUUCAAGUGCUGUUCUCCUUGUAAUCUCUUUCUGAUUGAUGAUAAUCCUCUUCGUUGAAAAAAGACCCCCCACCAAAGUUGACCAAAGUUGUUCUAUCUGAGUUGACAUUUCUGGGUUCAUUUAUUCAACUUAUUUCUGUCUUGAAAAUCAUUGAUUGUUUUGGUUCUAACCACUAAUGGGUAGCGUUGGAGAACUGACUAGUUCUGUGAUGGUUUGUACUCCACUGAUGGCUCAAUCUGUUGAGCAAAUGAUUAGUGACAUGUACAAUGCAAAGACACAAGGUGCUGAUGUUGUUGAAGUCAGGUUGGACUACAUCGACAACUUCCAGCCUCCUCAAGACCUCCAAGCCAUCCUUAGAAAUAAGCCACUGCCUGUGAUUAUUGUAUAUCGGCCAAAAUCAGAAGGUGGUUUGUAUGAAGGAGAUGAGCCCACAAGGUUGGAAGCACUUCGUUUGGCUUAUGUACUAGGAGCUGAUUAUGUUGAUUUUGAACUCAAGGUGGCUUCUGAUCUGAUAGGGGAACUGAAAGGGACGCAUCAUACUGGUAGCAAAGUUAUUGUGUCGUGUUAUGUUAAUGGUGAUAUGCCUACAAAAGAAAAUCUUAGCCAACUGGUUGCAAGCAUGCAAGCUACUGGAGCAGAUAUUAUCAAACUUGUUUCCACUGCAAAUAAUAUUACUGAAUUAGAUAGAAUUUUCCAUCUAAUCUUACAUUGUCAGGUACCAAUAAUUGCAUACUCUGUUGGAGAAAGAGGUCUCAUAAGCCAGUUAUUGUCCCCAAAAUUUGGUGGUUCUUUACUCUAUGGAUCCAUGGAAGGAAGUUCCAUUCCUGGUCUGCCUACUUUAGACAGCCUUAGAGAAGCCUAUAAGGUUGCAUACAUAAAUUCAGAUACUAAAGUCUUCGGUCUAGUUUCAAAACCGGUUAGCCACAGCAAAGGUCCCUUGUUGCAUAAUCCUACUUUCAGACAUGCAAACUAUAAUGGGACUUAUGUCCCAAUGUUUGUUGAUGAUCUCAAGGAAUUCUUUAGUGUUUAUUCAAGCCCUGACUUUGCUGGUUUUAGUGUUGGAUUUCCAUACAAGGAAGCUGUGGUUGAGUUUUGUGACGAAGUCCAUCCACUUGCUAAGUCUAUAGGUGCUGUUAACACCAUUAUUAGGAGGCCUGGUGAUGGGAAGUUGAUUGGUCAUAAUACGGACUGUGAGGCUGCAAUAACUGCUAUUGAGGAUGCUUUGAAAGAACAAGGAUACAUGGAUGGCAGAACAUCUUCCAACUCUCCAUUAACUGGAAGGCAGUUUGUGCUUGUGGGUGCUGGAGGGGCAGGAAGAGCACUUGCAUUUGGUGCUAAAAGUCGAGGAGCCCGUAUUGUUAUUUUCGACAUUGAUCUUGAGAGAGCAAAGUUCCUAGCUGAUGCUGUUUCGGGUGAGGCUCAGCUUUUUGAGAACGUAGUUAAUUUUGAACCAGAGAAUGGAGCAAUUCUUGCAAAUGCAACACCAAUAGGAAUGCAUCCAAAUACCGAAAGAAUACCUGUGGCUGAGGCAACCUUGGGAAUCUAUCAGCUGGUCUUUGAUGCUGUCUACACACCUAGAAAAACCAGACUAUUAAAAGAAGCUGAAGCUGCAGGGGCAAUCAUAGUGAGUGGAGUUGAGAUGUUCCUCAGACAGGCAAUGGGCCAGUUCAGCCUCUUUACUGGCAGAGAAGCACCAACAGAAUUUAUGCGGGAGAUUGUUUUAGCCAAGUUCUGAUGCAUUUCAUAGCUAGGAAGUUGCUGUGCUGAGGAAUUUCACCCUGUCAUUUGAUAAUUGCAAUUCUCAAUUGAUAAACCUGUGAUAAUAACUUGUUCCAAGUUCAAACUAGUAUCAAAAUUUUCUCAUUCUGCUGGUAUAUUAGAAAGAGAGAGAAGAGGAAGAAGAAGAAGCAUUUAGAUCAA